GAAAGAUUUGAGAGUGCCUACGGACGAGGAAUUGCAUUUCACAUUGGUGAACCUUGCAAAAGUAUUUGUAUUGAAAUCUUACACCCCAUUUACUGCAACACAACAAGUAACCGCUGUGAGUGCAAACGGGAGUAUCCAGUAAACAUCAAUAAUCAUGUGUGUGUUAAAGCGGCCAGGUUACUGGAAAACUGUAAAUUUAAAGAGUCGUGUACUUUUUACGACGAGAAUACCGUAUGUAAUGAGGAAGGAGUAUGUCGUUGUGAGUACGGAUUUAGAAAUCAUGUUGUAGCUGGAGAAGAGCUUUGUAUUCAUAGUGGAGGAAAUGGAAUCCUGGAAAAUUCCAACAUUACCACUGCUAUAAUAGUUGUUUUUGGUGUAAUGACAGGAACCGUUCUAUUCUGUCUUCUUCUUAAACUAUUCAGCAGAUCGAAAUUUGGAAGACAUAGAGAAAGAUUUGUAGACGUGGCUGCGCCCUCUGUAGUUUUAACAGAAAUGGAGGAACCACCUUCAAUGUCGCAUUCACGGUGCAGCAACUGUAACGAAUGUUCUUCAGGAUUACAGAGAGCGAGUUACUCUAUGCUCGCGCCCCCUACAUCGGCGGGCUCCCGUCGGACAAGUUCAACUUCCAUCAGAUCCCACACAUCUCUUCCAAGUAACCAUGAAGGGUGCGACCCCGUUAGACGUUCUUCUUCACCAGUAGAGACCACACCGUCGGGGUUUUACCGAGAUAAUCAGCAAGGGGAGCAAGAGACGUCAAUAAUGGAGAAGUCACCGGAAGACGAGUUACAAAGUGUAAAAUAAAGAAAUUAAUUUCCUGGUUUAUUCGUUAUGAGUACAACAUCAAACGUUCCCACGUAACUCCAACAGUUUUAACGUAUCACUUGCGUCUCAGUCUGACUUUUUUAACACACUUCGGAUCUUAAGUAUUGAAAUCGUGUGCACGUAUUGCUAAUUAACAUUAAAUUCAGAGACAUUUUAAACAUAACGAAUUACAAAACGUUUUCAAGUGUUAUUCUAAAAUUAUACGUUUAAAAUUCUUCAAGUAAAUUAGAGCUAUAACAGGAGUUACAUUUGAACCAGCUUGGAUGUUGUUGUAAAGUUUUUGCUUAAACUGGAAUAUUUUGCUUUUUGGCUUAACAUAAGUAGUUAUGGAAUUGCAAACGACUUGGUUCUGUGUGGUUGAAAAAUCUAUACGUGUACUUCUAAGUUUGAUAUCACAUAGACUAACGAUAUGCGUUAAAACUGGGGUAUUGUAUUAAGGAUUUGUGAGGUCCCUAUAAAGCACCGCAGUGGAGCCCGAAGUGAAUCAGAGAAGUAUAAUCUGUUAAUAUUUCUUAAUAACAAACCAAUUGUGAAUAAAUAAUUAUAUAAUAAUUAUUUUCUGGAUUAAAUUUACCCUCUUUCAGUCUUUAACGCCUCCAAAUGAAAAGCAACGUAGCACAUCAUGUUACUAAAGACUAAUUAAUCUUUUAUGAUCGCAGUAAAAUUUGGUAACAUUUUAUAAAACAGGGUAGCCUUGUAGUUAAAUCUAAAAUGUUUUUAUGCAUCAUAUUUAUGUGCAACGCUGAGAAAUUUGGACGAUCAGUUGAGGUUGCUCUAAGAACUAUCCUAUAACCAUACAGAUUUAAAAUACAGCAGCUUAAUUAACAAGAUUAAAAUAUACUUUAUUUUAUAUUAUUAGAUUUUAUGCUCCGUUGCGUCCCUUUGUGCUAUUUUGCGGAGUUUAUUAAGACCUAAUUUGGGUUAUAUUCAUCCAACUGUAGACUAGUCGGGAAUUUACUGUCUAUAGUUUCAAAAAACAGGCAACCUUUGAAACAUUUUUAUGUUUUAUACUAUGAUC